AUGCUGGCCUGUCCCAGCCAAGUGGCUGCCUGUGCCACUGAUUUACCCAAGGGGCUGAUGCCCAUCGCUCGCCCCAGUGCCACUGUGAGACACAACCCAGGGGAAAAACAGUCUUUCAAGGUCAAAACCAGCCCAGAGAACUUUCUUGGUCGUGCUGAAGGCGACGGGCGAAGGCGAGCAUCCCCGCCCGGCGACGGCCGUCGCCGGGCGGGGAUGCUCGCCUUCGCCCGUCGCCUUCAGCACGACCCUGGAUCCACCACAGGCUGCGAUUCAGGGGUUAAAAAAGCAACAUCAUCUCGAGCCGUUUCUAUAGUGAGCGGGAAAAGCCAGAAUUUCCUCCCCCCACCCGCCCAAGAAGGGCUGAAAAGUCGGGGAGCUGGUGCUUGGAGCACUGCCAGGAGAUGCAGGGACAAGCACCUGGAGGAGGCUCUCCGGCUGUCGCGGGCGCUGAGCGAGGGUCUGCGGGCGCUGGGUGAGGCGGAGGCACGGCCCCUGCUCCGCUGCGUCCUGGCUUUCCAGAUGGAGGCAACCGGCAGCUCCAGCUCCUUCCAGAAACUGGAACAGAUGGUGACCCAGCUGGCGGUGGGGAAGGAAGCCCUGCUGUCCCGGGAGGUGGGCGCGCUGCUGGCCGGCCUGGUGCCGCCGGGAGAGGUGCUGUCUCCUGGGGACCUUCAGUCAGUGUGCAUGUUCAUGGAGGAGAGCAGCCUGGGCCGGCAGCACUGGCAGCAGAACCUGGCCCCGCUGCUGCAGGGCCUGGCCACCACCUUGCGCUGGGUGCUACGGAGCCAGCCCCCUCCCGCCGGCACGUGGGGCUACCUGGCUGUCAAGGCCUGCCUCCAGCUCUUCCAGGCGCUGCCGAAGGACGUGGCCCCCCUGGUGUGGAGCACGGCGGGGAAGAGCAAAGCCCUGCAGAGCCUGCUGGGGCUGCUGCUGGAGGUGUCAUGGGGGAAGUCCAGGCCCCAGACAAGGAGACGCGGCUGCUGGCGGGGACAGCCCUGAGCAUGUUGGUGAACACGGCCCCCCAGCCCCAGCGCGGGGCCAGCGCCGCCCUGGCCCUCUUCCAGCUCCCCCACCGAGGAACAUGCUCCAUCCCGACCCAGGGUCAGCCUCUGGAGAAGGGGACACCAG